AUGGCGGAAGUGGCACUGCAGCAAACAAACCACAGAAGAAGAAAGACUUCCAAGUGUGCAGAAGUGGACAGCUUCCUCCUCCGAAGGUCAGAGAUGCAGACUCCAGCACAGUCGGUCCUCCACAGCGGAUACUUCCACCAGACGCUUCGAUUCUGGCAGACGUGUGCGACCAAUCUCAGACCCGAGAAUCUCAUUUACCCCAUCUUUGUCACAGAUGCCGCUGAUGCAGUGGAGCCCAUCAACAGUCUGCCGGGCCAGGCCAGAUACGGGGUGAACAAACUGGAGGAAAUGCUGAAGCCUCUUGUGGCCAAAGGCUUGAAAUGUGUGCUGAUCUUUGGGGUCCCGGCAAAAAUCGCUAAGGAUGACCGGGGCUCCGGGGCCGACACGGACGACACACCGGCUGUUCUGGCGGUUAAAAAAAUCCGCUCCCUGUUUCCGGAGCUGCUGGUUUCCUGUGACGUUUGCUUGUGUCCGUACACGUCACAUGGACACUGUGGCAUUCUGAACGAUGACGGCACUCUGAACAACGACGCCAGCUGUCUCAGGCUGGCAGAGGUCGCGCUGGCCUACGCCAGGGCUGGUUGCCACAUCAUCGCUCCCUCUGACAUGAUGGAUGGAAGGGUCGGAGCCAUCAAGCAGGCUCUGCUCUCCAACGGUUUGGGAAACAAGGUGUCAGUGCUGAGCUACAGCGCAAAGUUUGCUUCAUGUUAUUACGGCCCUUUCCGGGACGCUGCACAGUCCAAGCCUGCCUUUGGGGACAGGCGCUGCUAUCAGCUGCCCCCUGGAGCCCGGGGGCUGGCCCUCCGAGCUGUGGAACGGGAUGUGAGGGAGGGGGCCGACAUGCUGAUGGUGAAGCCUGGCCUCCCGUACCUGGACAUCCUGAGGGAAGUCAAAGACAAGUUCCCCACCCACCCCCUCGCUGUGUAUAACGUGUCUGGAGAGUUCGCCAUGAUGUGGCACGGAGCGAAGGCUGGCGCCUUCGACCUCCGAGCUGCUGUGAUGGAAGCCAUGACCGCCUUCCGGCGGGCAGGAGCCGACAUCAUCAUCACCUACUUCACACCUGAGCUGCUCUCCUGGUUAAAUGAGUCCUGAAGACAUACUGACGGAUGGAUGGACAGAUGGAUGGGCGGGGCCGACCACCGCAGACCACCAGCUGUUGACCGAGUCGCUUCUAAAAACGACUUCUGUGUUAGACAUUCUAUAAUCAGCGUUUUCUUUAAAGUCCCUGUCAGGUUUUCCCUGCAGAAGAUGUGAUUCCUGUACAUUAAGUAGUCAGUUUCCGACCAGAUCAAAUGCAUUUAUGCUGAAGAGCUGCCUGGAAAAACUGAAUAGAAAUAAAAUGGAUCAUUUCUUUAAGCUGA